AUGUACGGCUUCCUUGGCUUCGGAUUGGCGACGUUGAAAACCCGAGCUUUCUUCCUCAAUAUAAUAACAUCAGUGUCGCCAGCUAUUGGCACUGGGCUGGGCCACUACUUGGGCAACAUCUUCCACUGGAGAACUGUUGCUUUGAUAUCAAUUUUCCCAACACUUUUUGGUGUUAUUGUGCCUUAUUUUUGCGUCGAAAGUCCUCAUUGGCUGGCCUCGAAAGGCAGGUUCCAGGAAUGUGAGGAGAGUUUCAGAAAAAUCCACGGAAACAGUCUAAAAUCGGAAUCAGAACUGCAACAUCUAAUAAAAAUGGAAAAGUGCAAACUGAGACAAGCUGAAAUCACCAAUACGAGGACCAGUAAAGCAAAAAUAUGCUUCGCAUUAAAGAAGAAGUACUUCUGGAAUCUAAUACUUCUGAGUUUCUUUAUGAGCUCGUAUAUUGCUGCAACUGGCAGGGUCGCAUUCGCAAUCUUAGCGACAAACAUUCUUGAAGACAUGACUGGGACUCCUAAUGUUGUUCUUUAUAAUAUUCUGGUAGACAGUUUUAUCCUGGUAGGCACCAGUUUAUCCUGCGUUCUGGUGAGGAAAAUGACGAUGCGUACUGUGUUAUUUUCUACUGGAUUUUUGGCCAAUGCUUUUUUGGUAAUUCUGAGUGCUUGCCUUUACUUUGGAGAUGGUGUAAAGAACCUGCGGUGGGUUAAUGUAUCGUUGUUGGCAGUGUACUUCAUUUUAAUGGAAGCGGGUCCCUCCCCAGUGUUAGAGGCUUUAAUAGGGGAGAUCUUUCCCUUAGAAAUAAAAGUGUACUGCAUGCUCGUUAUUGGUUUUAUGCUUUCUGUAUUUUCAGCUUUAUCACUGAUCUUAUUUCCAAUAAUAACAGAAGUUAUUGGGUAUUCUGGAACAUUCUUACUGAACGCUGUAAUAAUGUCAACAAGUCUAGUAUUUAUAAAGUUCAAACUACCAGAGACUAAGGGAAGAACGCUACAAGAGAUUGAAGCGUUCUUCAAGACUAAUAUAUUUGAUAUUGACGAAGCGUUGAAUGAUGAGAAGAAAAAUAUGCUGUUAUAAAAAAUACUUUUGCUGUACUAUAUUUUUGAUUAAAAGAACUGGCAAUUAAAAAGGUGAUAUGUGGUAUGGCCUGAAAGGUACUUGGUGGUUGACAGUGGGUGGGAUUUAAUAUCUCAUCAGUAAAGAGAGAUAUUUACAUUACCGACAGAUACAAUAGAGUCAAGUCCUUCACAACAUGGGGCGUAGCUACAAAUACGUUACAAAAUAUAAAUCAAGUAAAUAAUAUUUAUUAUCAAGAAAGGUAUA